CCGCAGGGAUGGAGGACCCCAGGAAUGUUGGUAGUUCUAGGGAGGUCAGGAGCGCUGCCCUCCGGGGGCGUGUGGCCACCGCGUGGGGACUCAGUCUUCCUGAGAGUAAGGAGAGAUUCUCUUGCUGCGGCUGAGUGCACUGGCUUUGGGGUUGGAGCCCCCGAAACCUUUUGGGGGAAGUCUGUAUCCCUAGUUCAAGGAAGGCUGUGCACCCGUUUCGGGGCCAGGCUCUGUUGGGGAAGACUCAAGAGUUGAGUCCUUAAGAACUAUAUUACGAUUUUGAGGAAACCCUGGGAUUUAGGGAGAAGUUAGAGAAGGUAGAAAGGUUCUCUCUGUGUUUCAGUAGCGAGAGUGAGGGGGGUAAGAGAGAGAGAGCCUGACACAGGGAAUCUUCCAAACCUUAUGGCCUAAAGGAAACAAUCUACUAAUUCCUCCUGGGGAAUGAAGGACUGGAAAGAUGUGAGAGGAACGGGACGGGGCUAAAAGGCAGGAAAGAAGAGCCCAGGCAGAUGCCCUUUCCCUAGGUAUUUACACCAAAGUUGGAGGAGAAGACAGAUAGCUACUUUGGACCUGUUGGUAAUGAUGGCCUGAGCUAAACACCUCCUAAUUAGAAGGGAUACCCUUCCCUUACAAAGGGCAGGAUGCUGAGGAAGCUAUGGCAAGUGAUUGGAGUUGUGCUUCAAGAAUUUCAGCAGUUCAGCAGUAUUUUAUCUGCUAACAAUAAGCUCUUUACUUGAUUGCACCAUGAGAAAGCUGCUAAUGAGACUUGACGAGCACAAAAAUGGACUUGAAGAACCAAAAGCCAUUGUUUUUAUAUGAAGAAUACUGAACAGUUUUAAGCCUCAAUGUUUUUAAAUCAUCACUGAGAUUUUCCCCAUAACAUCAGAAUGGCAAGCAGGCGAAAAUCAACAAUACCGUGCAUGGUCCUUGCCAGUGAACAAGAUCCAGACCUUGAAUUGAUAUCGGAUUUGGAUGAAGGUCCUCCUGUACUUACACCUGUAGAAAACACCAGAGCAGAGAGUAUCUCAAGUGAUGAAGAAGUUCAUGAAUCUGUGGAUUCUGACAAUCAGCAAAAUAAAAAGGUUGAAGGUGGCUAUGAAUGUAAAUAUUGUACUUUUCAAACUCCAGAUCUAAAUAUGUUUACUUUUCAUGUGGAUUCAGAACAUCCCAAUGUAGUGCUAAAUUCAUCCUAUGUUUGUGUUGAAUGCAAUUUUCUUACCAAAAGGUAUGAUGCACUUUCUGAGCAUAACCUGAAAUAUCACCCAGGAGAAGAGAAUUUUAAGUUGACUAUGGUGAAACGUAAUAACCAGACAAUCUUUGAACAAACAAUAAAUGAUCUGACUUUCGAUGGUAGUUUUGUUAAAGAGGAGAAUGCUGAGCAAGCAGAAUCUACAGAAGUUUCUUCUUCAGGAAUAUCUAUCAGUAAAACUCCUAUCAUGAAAAUGAUGAAAAAUAAAGUAGAGAACAAACGGAUUACAGUUCAUCAUAACUCAACUGAGGACGUUCCUGAAGAGAAAGAGAAUGAAAUCAAAUCAGACCGUGAAGAAAUUGUAGAAAAUCCAAGUUCUUCAGCUUCUGAAUCUAAUACAAGUACUUCCAUUGUGAACAGAAUACAUCCAAGUACUGCCAGCACGGUAGUGACACCAGCAGCAGUUCUUCCUGGAUUAGCACAGGUGAUAACUGCUGUGUCAGCUCAGCAGAAUUCUAACUUGAUUCCCAAAGUCUUAAUCCCCGUUAAUAGCAUUCCCACCUAUAAUGCCGCAUUGGAUAACAACCCCCUUUUACUUAACACCUACAACAAAUUCCCUUAUCCAACAAUGUCAGAAAUUACAGUUCUUUCUGCUCAAGCAAAAUAUACAGAGGAACAGAUCAAGAUAUGGUUUUCAGCCCAACGCCUAAAACAUGGUGUUAGUUGGACUCCUGAGGAAGUAGAGGAGGCAAGAAGAAAACAGUUCAACGGAACAGUGCAUACUGUACCUCAGACCAUAACUGUUAUUCCUACACACAUUUCUACAGGGAGCAAUGGUUUACCAUCUAUUUUACAGACGUGCCAAAUAGUUGGUCAACCAGGCCUGGUCCUUACUCAAGUAGCUGGAACAAACACCUUGCCAGUAACAGCACCUAUAGCCUUGACGGUGGCAGGGGUUCCAAAUCAAACACAUGUACAGAAAAGUCAGGUACCUGCUGCUCAGCCUAAUGUGGAAACAAAGCCAGCAACAGCAGCAGUUCCAACUUCUCAAAAUGUCAAACAUGAAACUGCAUUGGUAAACCCUGAUUCAUUUGGCAUUCGGGCAAAAAAGACUAAAGAGCAACUUGCAGAAUUAAAAGUUAGCUAUCUUAAAAAUCAGUUUCCUCAUGAUUCAGAAAUUAUCAGACUUAUGAAAAUAACAGGCCUCACAAAAGGAGAGAUUAAAAAGUGGUUUAGUGACACAAGGUACAACCAGAGAAAUUCAAAGAGUAAUCAGUGCUUACAUCUCAACAACGAUUCCUCUACCACCAUUAUUAUAGACUCCAGUGAUGAAACCACGGAAUCCCCAACGGUUGUUACUUCACAGCAUAAGCAAUCCUGGAAUCCUUUUCCUGACUUUACUCCCCAAAAGUUUAAAGAGAAAACUGCAGAGCAGCUUCGUGUCCUUCAGGCAAGUUUUCUCAACAGCUCCGUACUUACAGAUGAAGAAUUAAAUAGGUUAAGAGCGCAAACCAAACUUACCAGAAGAGAAAUCGAUGCUUGGUUUACAGAGAAGAAGAAAUCAAAAGCUUUAAAGGAAGAGAAAAUGGAAAUAGAUGAAAGUAAUGCAGGCAGUUCCAAAGAAGAAGCUGGGGAAACUUCUCCCGUAGAUGAGGCUGGUGCACCUAAGUCAGGGAGUACUGGCAAGAUAUGUAAAAAAUCACCUGAGCAGUUGCACAUGCUUAAAAGUGCAUUUGUUCGAACACAGUGGCCAUCACCAGAAGAGUAUGAUAAGUUGGCCAAAGAAAGCGGGCUUGCUAGAACAGAUAUAGUUAGUUGGUUUGGGGACACCCGUUAUGCUUGGAAAAAUGGAAACUUGAAAUGGUACUACUACUAUCAAAGUGCCAAUUCAAGUAGUAUGAAUGGUCUGUCUUCCCUUAGGAAAAGAGGGAGAGGGAGACCCAAAGGACGGGGAAGAGGAAGACCGCGUGGGCGGCCUAGAGGAAGCAAAAGAAUUAACAACUGGGACAGGGGACCGUCACUCAUAAAAUUUAAAACUGGAACUGCAAUCCUUAAGGAUUAUUACCUGAAGCACAAAUUUCUUAAUGAGCAGGACCUUGAUGAACUUGUUAACAAAUCACACAUGGGCUAUGAGCAGGUCAGAGAGUGGUUUGCAGAAAGACAGAGAAGAUCAGAAUUAGGUAUAGAAUUAUUUGAGGAAAAUGAGGAGGAAGAUGAAGUUAUUGAUGACCAGGAAGAAGAUGAAGAAGAAACAGAUGAUAGUGACACUUGGGAACCCCCACGACAUGUGAAGCGGAAGCUUUCUAAAUCAGAUGACUGAAAUCUGCCUAAAACGUUGAAGGAGAAUCAAUUCUUCAACUCAAGAUGUCUGAUUUACUGUGAAUGGGCCCAAUCUUUGAUGACACUGAAAACGUUUUGGGGCAUAUACACUCUCAAAAACCAGGAUCCAAUACCCAAAAGAAACGGAACUUAAUGUUGUGCCAAAGUUAAACUACUGCAGUUGGCGGAAGUUCUGCAAUGUAAAUAGAACACUAAUUAAAAAACAACUUGUAAAAAUUCAAAUUUUAAUACAGUACAUUUUUAUUCUAAUAUGAUGGAGACAUUCUGAAUCUUAGACUUUCUGAGGGGGUUUAAUGACCACUAGAGCUUGUCCUCAUAUUUUGUCCAGCUUAAUACUAUGUGUCUAGUAAGAUGGACUUCAUUGCCUCUAUGCUUUGAUAUGUGAAUAAGCUUAGAACUUUGAGUGACCAAACACAGAGUAAAAAUUGUUAGAAAUGGGAAUAAAAAACCAAACCCUGAUUUAUUUCUAUGUCUUAUUUAUUAGGCCCUACACUAAGAUUAAAAGUUGUGCAUGAACUUAUACAAUUUUAAGUGUAAAAACAGCUUAUUUACACGUUGAAACAAUAAGAUUUUCUGGUAUCAUUGGCCCUUAAUAAUUGGAUCUUUCAUUUAAUUAAACACAUUCAUGGAUACCACUAUUUCUACUUAUAAUUCUCCUGUUACUUUUUUCAUUAGAAGCUGAUUUUAUUUUUAUUAAAUGAAAGAGAAUAUUGAAGAAGGAAAAUAAACUGGCAUGAGAAUUUGGACAGGGUGAAACUCUGAAAUAAAUAUUGCACCAAAAAUGUGAAAAAGAAUCAUGUAGUAAAUAUAUACUUAGUGUUUUCUUACAAUCAUGUGGAAAUCAGAUAUGUUUGUACAGGUGUCAGAUCAGGAUUUUCAAGAAUUAUCUUUCGGUGAAAUUCUAUUUCAUAUAACAAUUUCAUUGAAUAGAGAAAAAAUUCUGAACUGAUCAUAAUGAGUUAAAAGUUAGCUUUUCAGUUAUAAAUCAUGGGAGCGUUAACUGUUAACUCUUGCCAUAUCAGGACACUGAAAGUUCAUACUAACUUAUAAACUUUGUAAAGACAGGUGCUGUUGAUUUAUGCUGAGAAGAACCCUUUCUUUUGUGACCAUAGGACCACUUUUCAAAAUGUGCUUUCUUCAUAGAAGAAAUAUUCGGUUUAAUUAGCUUUGGAUUUUAACAUGUUUUUCUGAAUGACAAGCUGUAGUAGGCUUGGCCAGUUUAUUUUAUCUAAUAUAAUGAAUAAUAAAUAUUAAGCUCUUGGUUAAAUGUUUGUCAGCUAAUGAAAAUGUUAUGAAAAAGCCUUGAAUAUGCAUGCUGCUUUCAUUUUUAUAAACUUUUUAUUUUUUAACUAUAGCUUUAUUAGUAAUUCCAAAAUGCUGCAAUUUAGCUGAUUUCUUCACUCAGACAGCUGGCUUUGUGGGUGGCUUUUUUCAUACUACUGUUAACUUUUUUAAAAAAGAAGCAAUGUAAAGACUUAACAAUUGAAUGCACUAAGCUGUUUUUUCUUUUACAUGUUUAAAAACUUCUUAAAGCACUCUGUAUUAUAAUGAUUAAAUUGCUCCCUUUUUUAAACCAUUGCUAAUGUGGUCUGAGUUUUGUUUGACAAUAAUUUUAAUGUUCUCAAAAUUUGAAAUGUCAAGUAUUGGAAAUGAAGUCUUGGAAUAUAUUUAUAUUAUGUUUCCUUGCAAUAUGUUAACUGUAUAGCUGUAAAUAACUAUUAAUACAUUUUCCCCAUCUCUUUUAUAGGCUUGAUAAAAUUCUGCUCUGAUGUUUGCUAGCUUUUAAACAUAUUUAUUUGACAGAGCAAAAGAACCUUUCUCUCCUGGUUGAUUGUGUCCUUGAAUACAAAAAUAAAAGUUAGCAGUGAUUAGUAGUUUUCA